AUGUACCAGUGUGCAAACCAUGUGGUGCACUGGUUGCAUCUCUGGCAUCAGUUGGCGAGGCGUGCCGGUGGCGUUACGUCACGGCAAUUAAAUCUGCGCGCGGCCUCCCGUCCCUUCUGUAGUAUUCUGCGUAGUGGCGGAGUCGGAGCGUGCUCCCGGCGCGGUGUGCGGUGUGGUCUCACGCAGUGCGCCGCCUUCUCGUGA